GGGUGAGUGAGACAGAUUAGCUAGCUGACCUCCCAGGGUUGCAAUGGCAAUAGUCCUGCAGCUUCAUCUUGUCUUGGUUAAAGUUAAAACGUUAUAGCAAAACGAAGAAUCUGUAACGUUAGUAUGUAUGUUUGAUGACGCCUUACUAAUGUGAGACACUUAAGUUACACCAUUUAAAAAAAUGUCCCAGGGAUGUACAAUAUCUGUGGAAGAGAUCCAGUCCUGGUGGGAAGUCCCCGCCAUAGCUCACUUCUGCUCGCUUUUUAGGACAGCAUUCAACUUGCCAGACUUUGAAAUUGAGGAGUUGGAGCAGGCAGUGUUGAAGCAGGAUGCAGACUUCUUGGCAGAUCUUGUUUGUUGUCUUCUACAGGGAUGUUACCAACGCACAGACAUUACGCCUCAAGGCUUCAGCAGUUACCUGGAGGACAUCAUCAGCUACCGAUGGGAGUUGGAGGAGGGUAAACCCAAUCCCCUGCGGGAGGGUCCCUUUGAGCAGCUGCCCCCCCGCAUACAGGUGGAACUGCUGCAUAGACUGUGUGAUUAUCGUUUGGAUGCUGCUGACGUUUUUGAUCUUCUCAAGGGCCUAGAUGCAGACAGUUUGCGUGUGGAGCCACUUGGAGAGGAUGGAAGCGGUGCUAUGUACUGGUAUUUCUAUGGCACUCGCAUGUAUAAGGAGGAACCAGUGCAGAUCAGAACAGAAGGAGCCUGUGAAAUGUUUGUGGUGAAAGAACCUGAGAAAAGGAAAAGGGGAAGGCCACCAAAGAAGAAGAAUCUUGAGGAGAAACUACUGAGUAGGACAGAUGCCAUGAUGGAUGAAAGCAAGAAUCUACACACUGGGUCAACCUGUGGUUCAGAUCGUGAGCGUGGAGCCUGGUCCCUGGUUUGUGAUACAGAAGAACAGUGGGCCAGACUUGCUGAAAGCAUCAAAGACAAGCAAUCACCUCAAGACCGUCAUCUGUAUCGCAUCAUCACCCAGAACUUCAUCCCAGAAAUUGGCAGUAUGAUUGAGCAUAAAGAGAAGGAGCAGAAACAGAAGUUAAUGGGCAGCUACCACAAACUCUCUGAGAAAAAUGUUAUCAAGGAGGAGAGAAUAAAGGCAAAAUCUGAGGUAAAACAGCAAAAAGAAGAGGAGGCAGACAGGCAACUGCUGCUGGAGAGGCUGAUGCAGGAGCAACGUGAGCAAGAGGAGCUGGAGAGGGAGAAAGCCGUGGAGGAACGUGCACGCCGAAGGAAGCUUCGGGAGGAGAAGGCCUGGCUGCUUUCCCAAGGGAAGCCCCUACCCCCUGAACUGGUGAACCUUGAGCCACAUUCACCGAUCCAUCACAAUAACAAGACCAAAGAGUUCUAUGAAAUUGAUGAUGAUUACACGGCACUGUACACAGUCUUGGAUGUGCUUAAAGCUCAUAAAGAUGCAUGGCCAUUCCUGGAACCUGUUGAUGAGUCCUAUGCUCCAAACUAUCAUCAGAUCAUCAAGAUGCCAAUGGACUUGUCAACAAUUGAGAGGAAGUUGAAUGAUGGUGAAUAUGUAAUCAAGGAUGAGUUUGUGAAAGAUGUAAAGCUCAUGUUUGAGAACUGCCUUGAAUACAAUGGAGAGGAUAGUGAAUAUACAAUCAUGGCUGAGUCCCUGGACCGUUGUUUCAGUAGAGCACUGCAGAAGCACUGCCCUCCUGAGGAUUGUGAUACGGAUGAAGAAUUUCAUGUGAGCGCUGAAGACAAAGAUCGAAAGGAAAGAAAGCGAAGCAAGGGACAACGGCAGGCAGGCCCAGAGGGCCUGAUCAGAGCCACUGAACUGGCCCAUAGACGUAAAGCAUUCCCCAGUGGCAAGAGUACAAGUAAUGAGAAAAGAUGCAAAACAGCAGUCCCGCCACCUUCACUAAUGAAAAGUGAAACAACGACUUCACCAAAUGCUGUCCUAAAUCAAAUGAAGCCUAGCACUGAUAUUCAACCUAAUCUUUACCUUCCAACAAAACAGCAGCUCCAUCAUCCAACAGAUCCAUCUGGGCCCCGAAUGUUAACUCAGCUGAUGUUAGUCCACGGGCAAAAUCCAGUGAUGUCUAUGGAAUCGCGUUCACAGUGUAUACCACAUAAUUACAACAUACAGGCUACUUAUGGAGAGGGACACUAUGCAGGCCCAAGGUACCCAAUGACUGAGACUAGACCUUUUCCACCGCAUCACCAGAAGCAACAUGCCUACAUGGGUCCUAUGCAUGGCCCUUCCUUGGGUCCCAGACCAGUAGCCCUACAGUCUGGAGGCCUGUGUACACCACCAUCAGAGGGCAGCAUGUACCCAUCUAACCAGCGUCCUGAUGGGGGUCAGAUGUUCUACCGAGGUGUCAGCAGACACUCAGGCCUGGAUGUUCCCCCUCAACAUAGUUCAUGUCCUCCUGGUCAGCCACCUAACAUCUGGUCAGGGAUGAACAAUCAUUUUCAGCCCAGACAGAGUGGACCCAUGAUGUUGGAGCAAAAUCGCAAACAGAGACACCCAUUUAACCUAGGUGUGGUUCAUCCCUUACCACCAAAAUCUUGGCCAGAGCAACCAGUGGAUUGCACUCCACACAACAAUCAGAACAAGAUUCCAGGUGUUGUUGGCUCCCUUCCUCCCAUCUCUCAGCGGCCAAUGAUGCCUUCAAACUCUAAGCCUCACUUGGCUUCUAUGCUUGAAAGUCCAGAGAUGCUCGCCUUGCAGCAGUUGACUGCCUCUUCUCAAGCUUCUUCUAGCCGACCAGUCGCCACCUUUCCGGUGUUUCCUCAGGGCAGUGGUCCACUAUACUUUUCUCAGAAGGCCCCACCAGAUGUCCAGCCUCUAUGUCCUGUCACUGACAGCCACAGCAUCCACAACAAAGAAAUGGGUGAGAACUGUAAGUUAAGUUUGUCACCAUCAAAAAGACUCUUGUCAGCUAAGCCAAAGUCUGCAACUCUUUCCAACUCCUUAGAGUGCACAAGUGCUCAAGCAAGAGGUCCAGUGAAAACUAAAUCGGGAAUUUCUUAUGAGAAACCUUAUGACCAAGGCUCAGUCUCAGAGAAAGGGAGUCAUGUACCUGUCAUUGAUCUGUGCAAACAGGAGAGAAACCACUGUGUCCCACAAUAUCAUGGUCAAGUAUCUCAGAAUUCUCCCCAACAAACAGUUCUGGGUGAACCUAGUCAACUAUCCCAAACUCAUCUGCCACAGAAUUCUCAGAAUACAGUUCAUCAUAACCCAACCUUACAGAAUUCUUCAAAUGGUCCUCAGCAUGCUCCCUACAAUGCAUCUUCCACUACAUCACAACAGAGUUCACUUGAUGGGUCCUCACAGUCUCCCCAGAAUGUUUCUUCACUUAAGCCACAGAAGUUCUCUCCACACACCUCACAGGAAGGACAACAAGUUCCCCAGGCCGUGCCUCAACAAGUCUCCAGUGCACUAAAGAUAUCAGAAGAGCAGAAAAUGCCUCUGUUUAUGACUCAGAAUUCCCACUUUGACAGCUUUCAAAAAACACCUCUUUGUGCUCCCCAUAGUCCCUCUCAAAUCACUCAGAGCUCUGCAGUAAACAUUCCACGUGAUGUAAAAGUGCACAUACAGGACAAACAGAGCAAUCUAAAAUCUGAGCCGCCAGGUGCUCCAAAGACCAUUCCAUUUACUUCUUUACCUGUCAGUUCCACUGUGCCCCAGAUUGAUACCCAGAGUACUGCAGCAGACAAUGGAGAUCAUACACACAGUGAGACCCAAAAACAGAAAGUCUCAGUGGAGAUCUCGGAAUCUCAAGAUAACAGUAACUCAGACAUGAUUAGGUCUGCUAAUGGUCCUCUUAAGCCAAGUGCAAAAUCACAAUUACAAGUGGAAGACCAGUCUCUUGGAGUCUUUCAGGUGGCAGGUGCUGCUCAUAGCCAAGUUAUACCUCCAUCUCACCAUGGCCAAAAGAAUGACACCUCAGCCCAUUACAACCAUAGCAGUCAAAUAAAUCAGCUCUACAUGCAGCACAUUGAGAAAUCUGUGCAGUCUCCAAAUGGCCAACCUCCAAGUCAGAACACAUCCCAAAAUGUUAAUAUCCACCCCAGUGCUGCUCGCUUCCCGUCAUAUCAGCAUCAUGUCCCGUAUUCAUAUCACAUAGCAGGUAAGCCUCCUGAGGGACGCUCGGAUCUAUUUCCACAGUAUCAGCAACAGCACUACUAUCCUCAGCAACAAAGCAACAGAAGUAGCUUUCUGACUGAAGAAUGGCACAGACCCCACUACUCUGGCCCUGGUAAUGCAUACCCACCUGCUAGUGUAAAUGGCCAUCUCAAAGAGAGCAGCAUUUCUCAGGUGAGCUCAGACGGUACAGGUGGCAGCUUGAUUUCCCCAAGUCCUCUUUCCAGCAGGCCUGAUGGUGGCCCUGUAGAGGCUAAGGAGGCAGUCAGUUCAGUGAAGCCUGCUCAGCUUGAAGAAAGCCUUGAUCGAGCUGAGAGCCCAAAAGAAAUUUUAGAUUUGGACAGCCACAGACUUGCACCACACAGUCGUCCCACUUACCCACAGCAUUCAGCCAACCUCAUGUAUGAUACUCAGACAGUGCAAAGUGGGAUACAGCAAGAUGGGCGUGCUCAUCCACUACACAUGAUGAACAGAGUCACGUUUCCCUCUCAAAAUUAUGCCAGAGCACACUAUAGCCCCCAACAACCAAACGGUCAUUUCAUGGAGGCUUUGCAGCAUCCCCAGCGGCUUCCAUUCCCACUUGGCCAAACGCACAUCUCUGUCUCUAGACGUAGCCAUUUAGUUCCUCAUUUCCAAGGGAGAAUGCCACUACAGAGUCGCCUGCCAUCUGAAAAUUUCUUUCAUCCCAGGUGAGGGGACUAAUUGGAUUUAUAGAUUUAAAUCAACAAUUGUUGGUCUGUAUUCAUGAUGGAUAAGAAACAGAGGGCUUUUGCAUUUGUCUUUUAUACCCUACAGGCAGUAGAUGUUCACUGCUGCAUUCUUCAGUGCUCUAAACACUAAACAGGAAGUUUAGAAUUAAACUGCACAGUAUGGAAACUAAUCCAUUCUUUUAAGUGUAAGCUUCUUAAUUCUGGUUUGUUUUCUUGAUUGUACAGCUAAAGAUAACAUCAACUAAAACGAUAUGCCGUCAGAUCAUUUUUAAACUGUCUAUAAAUACACAAUUUUUGUAUCGUGACUGAAACCAUCUAAUCAAAAAUGGGAGUUUUGCUGUUAUAAUAAUCAUGAUGUAAAUGCAGCUAAACCUUUUCAUUUCCAAUAGCUGUUUGGGGUUUAGAGGAUUUUUUCGUCUCUUAACAGAAGGCUUUUGAUUAGCCAGGUGGCAGAGCAGUUCUUUUUAAUGAUUGUCAUGUGAUUGAUUCCCUAGCCUUAAGUAUUUCAUCACUUUUAACUGGAAAUGAUUGAUAAUUCACCAGCAAACACUGAAUGCUUAUGGAAAAUUGCAUGGUUAUUUUUUUAUAAUCAAUAGUAAACUCAGGUGUAACAAACUAAGGAUAACUGAAAGGAUUAUUUUAGACAAGCAUUGGAUCAUCCCUCUGGAUCUUUGAGUGUGUGCAGGGCAUGUGUUUGCCGCCAUUCUGAAUGUAUUUAUGAAUUAUUAGAUGUUAAAUGUGUGCCACCAUGGGCAUAUGUGGAAAGAGGGAAAACGGAAAACACCUGUGUAACAGGAAACUUUUUUUUAUCUGUGUUUAGUGUUGCUUUCUUACUAUGCAUUGAUAAUUGCUGCCUUCAUUUUAACUGUUUUGUUUUCAAUUCUAUGCUUUUGAAUAUCAUGUUACAUUAAAUGAAGAGGUUUUACUUUCUGGUAGCCUUGAUGUUAAUGGUCGUGAUCUUGGUGUAAAUAUUAAAGCAAAGGGCUCCUUGAAAUGUUUAUCAAACUGUAAGGCUCUUUCAUGUCUGUUUACUGUAUGCGCCCAAUCAAUGUUUCCAAGACAAAAUGAGACUGCAUCAAAUUGUGUCUGGCAAGGUUUGUCUUAAUAAAUUCAGUAAUGCCCUUUCAAAUGUGAAUUAUGGGCUAUGUUUUGGGAAUACUGAUGAAACGUGUAUCAUGAGAAAUUAGUGUGUGUACUAACUAUAGUUUGAUGGUGUAAAUAAUAUUGCUCAUUACUUUAAGUUUUUUUUUUUUCCAAUUCAAUGUACUGAAGUUCUCAGGGUGUCAUUUUGAAUACGGGUAUUUUUUUUACAUUAUUUUCUAAAUCUGAUGACUGAAACUGUGAUUUAUUAUGGUAACCUCACCUUAUGAGCCUGUGAAAGAACACUUUUUAAUUCAGGUUUCCACUGUAACCUUAUCCUCCGUCAAGUAACAAAUUCAUGACUGGUGUGGCCCAUAAAGUUUUAACCCUUUUGGUCUGUUUGGCCAUUUGCGCAAGUAGCAUAUCUACACGAGUAGCAAAUCUACCUCACACUAACAAACCGGACUAUGUAGUUGUAUCUUGGCCAAUUUUACAUUAUGCCUUACACUGAAUCAGAUUCUUCACAGGCCUAUCGUUUGGCAUUAGCAUAGUGCCAGGUUGGCUAAAGUUAACCUUUUGGCCAAUAGAGAAUAUAUAAAGAAGGGGACUCUACUAGUGGUUAUUUCCCAAAUAUAGGGUGAAAGCUUGUGAAUUUUCUUUUCACCUUGGUCACUGAAUAAUAAGGGGAAACAAUUGUUAUGAGUACACUUUUGCUCCAUCAAUUUGUCUUUAUUUUAGCUUGCUCUCUAGAUUCCACAGAUUGCAGAUGUCCUUUAUAUUGGGAAAUGUGUCUCCCUGACUAUUACAAAUUCUAGUAUUUAGUACACAUUUAUUGCUUUUAUUUUCUUAUAAGGAAAACUGUGUAGAAAUGUGGAAAUAUAAACAAUUUCCCCAAUUAUUGCUUUAGGUACAACAUGCUUCAGAAUACUGUGUUCAUUUCUGCUGUUAUGAAAUACUGUUUAUAUUACUGUUCUGUUUGAGGGUGUGAUGGAUUCUCUUUCCAAUGUUUUAAUUGUACUUGUAUGUUUGGCACAUUAGAAAUUGUGUUGUGUGUGUAUGAGUGCAUAUCAGUUCAAUUUUUCUGCUGCACUAGUAAAAAAACUAGAUUUUUAAUGUGAAACAUAUUUAUUUUCUCUUUUGUACAUUUGACUUUUAUAUGUAUCAGGUUUUGCCCAUUAACACCUAUUUUUACUUUUGUAGAGCAAAGUCAAGGUGCAUCUAAAGGAACCUGUUUAUUUUUUGUUGUUCAUUUUACUUUGAUGUUUACACGUCUUUAGUUCACUGACAGUCUUUUGUAAAUCAGAUGAAGUAUAUUCUGUUAUGUUGUGUACUUUCUUAGAAUAAAUAACCUUUCCUUAA